CUGUCACAUCACAAAAAAAAAUUUAUCUGUGCUAACGUGCAGUAGCAUGGAUGGCAUUGUAUUAAGUUAGUACCUGCCAUUAGAGAUGCUAAACUUAAUGCGCCCUAAUUAAAGUGGAUUAAUGAAUAUGCAGAUGCACCCCUCGUGUGCAAAAGUCUUGUAAGUCGUGGUGAGAGCAGGACCUUUCUUAGGCAACCCAUGAGACAUCACCCCAUUUAAAUGUUUCAGCAGCAAGCUGGGCACUUGAUAAAGUUUGUUUGUUCGUUGUUCCCAGCUGUCUGGUGACCAUUUGAAUGAAGAAGAUUAAAAAAUAAAAAUCCAUGGAACAAUAUGAAAACAUUGUUUUCCAUUUUUUAAAUAGGUAUAAAACAGUCACAGACAUUUCUAACGCUGCAUAAUUAUGAAACCAAUAAAGCAUCCCUUGGUGCUUAUAACACAUUUGGAUGACUUUCCACUUAGACUAAGAAGCCAGUGUUGUGUGUGGAACAAAAACCACUGAGGCACACAACAAAAGAUCAGAGCUGGAGGCAGACACGUUUACCACCUAUGUAUGCAUCCUGCUUUGGGAGAGAGGGAAACUUGAAAGUUCAAAUACCAAAAUUAAUCCCAAAGGAGGGAGCCUUCUUCCAAGAAAAGGCAGCUCUUCCUGAACCAGCUCUUCUCAGGGCCUGAGAAACUCUUCCCCAGUGGAGGCAGUGCGAAGCGGCAGGGCUGUAGGACCCCGCGGUGCAGUGGGAAGAGGCAGGAGGACAAUAAUUUGUUCCAUUGUAAUGAGAACUGUAAAUGUUGGCAAUGGGCAGAUUUCACAGGCCUGCCUUCCCUCGCUAACGGUCUUUAAUGCCUCUCGCAAGCCAACACAGACAGUCUGCUCAUUUAUUGCAACAUCGGGGCUAAGAUGUCAAAGCGUCUCCAUGCAGAACAGCCGCGCUGCCCUCCUCCUCCUCUUCCUCACCCCCCAGCCCAGAUAUUCAUGCUGCUCCUGAGCCUGAGCUGGCUCUUUUUAGCAUCACCCAGGGCUCAAGAUCUGCUGCUGCCUUGGCUCCACUCUCUGCAGCCAGACUUCCACAUCACUUCUCCAGGAGAGAAUGUGGACAGUAAAUUGGAAUCCUCUAGGCAACAGAUGCCAAAGAACCAGUCAGAAGAUUAUGAGAUAAUAGUUCCCUACCUUUUGAACGGAGAACAAUGGAAACCAAUACAUGGCAUCUAUUCAAAGAGUCACCCAGCAAUGCUGACGUUUGUAAUACAAGCUGAAAGUAAGCAAUUGGUCAUCAGUCUGGAGAGAAACGAGGGCCUCUUAGCUGGCAGCUUCACAGAAACACACUAUUUAAAAGACGGCACUGAUGUUGUUCUUGCAUACAAUUACACGGGUCACUGCUACUACCAUGGAAAUGUGCAAAGAUACCCUGAUUCUUCAGUUAGUCUCAGUACCUGCUCCGGACUCAGAGGAAUUAUUGUAUUUGAAAAUAAAACCUACAUUUUGGAGCCAUUAGAAGGUGCUACAAAUGAACACAAGAUCUAUCGAGCAGAGAACCUGAAAAUUGGCCCAGGAUCUUGUGGCCACCAUUUCAACAUCUCGGGUAUAACUGUGGAUGACACUGCACAGUCUUCUCAAGCAUUCACUAGCAGGCACAAGAGGGAGACACUGAAGAUGACAAAAUAUGUGGAGCUUGUUAUUGUGGCAGACAAUCGAGAGUUUCAGAGACAGGGCAAGAACGUGGAGAAAGUUAAACAGAGGCUGAUAGAAAUUGCAAACCAUGUUGAUAAGUUCUACAGGCCAUUAAAUAUUCGAGUAGCUCUGGUUGGCGUGGAGGUGUGGAAUGACAUGGAUAAGUGCUCUAUAACGCAAGACCCCUUCACAAGUCUCCAUGAGUUUCUGGACUGGAGAAAGCUAAAACUACUACCUCGUAAACCCCAUGACAAUGCACAGUUAGUAAGUGGGGUGUACUUCCAAGGGACAACCAUUGGCAUGGCACCCAUAAUGAGCAUGUGCACUGCAGAGCAGUCUGGAGGUGUUGUUAUGGAUCAUUCAGAGAACCCUCUCGGUGCAGCAGUAACCUUGGCUCAUGAACUGGGCCACAAUUUUGGAAUGAAUCAUGAUACUCUGGAGAGAGGCUGUAACUGUAAAGCAUCUACUGAUAAAGGUGGCUGCAUCAUGCACCCCUCUACUGGUUAUCCAUUUCCCACAGUGUUUAGCAGCUGCAGCAAAAAGGACCUGGAAAACAGCCUGGAAAAAGGAGUGGGGAUGUGUCUCUUUAACCUGCCUGAAGUUAAGGAAUCAUUUGGUGGACAAAAGUGCGGGAAUGGCUACGUGGAAGAUGGAGAGGAAUGUGACUGUGGGGAACCUGAUGAAUGUACAAAUCGUUGCUGUAAUGCUACUACCUGCACUUUGAAACCAGAUGCGGUGUGUGCCCAUGGACUUUGCUGUGAAGACUGCAAGCUGAAACCAGCAGGGAUUUCUUGCAGAGACUCAAGUAAUUCCUGUGAUCUUCCAGAGUUCUGCACUGGAGCAAAUCCUCACUGUCCAGCUAACGUCUAUUUACAUGAUGGACACCCAUGCUACAGAGUAGAUGGGUAUUGUUACAAUGGUAUAUGUCAGACCCAUGAACAACAGUGUAUCACCCUCUGGGGGCAAGGUGCUAAACCAGCCCCAGGCAUCUGCUUUGAGAGAGUCAAUUCAGCAGGGGAUCCUUAUGGCAACUGUGGCAAGGACUCCAAAAGUUCCUUUGCUAAAUGUGAACCCAGAGAUGCCAAAUGUGGAAAAAUCCAGUGUCAAGGAGGAGCAAAUAGACCUGUAAUCGGUACCAAUGCUGUUUCCAUAGAAACAAAUAUCCCACUGCAGGAAGGAGGCAAGAUUCUGUGUCGUGGUACUCACGUGUACUUGGGGGAUGAUAUGCCUGAUCCUGGUCUCGUGUUGGCAGGCACCAAGUGUGAAGAUGGAAAGAUCUGUUUAAAUCGCCGAUGCCAAAAUACUAGUGUAUUUGGAGUUCAUGAAUGUGCAACAAAAUGUCAUGGACGUGGAGUCUGUAACAAUAAAAAAAAUUGCCAUUGCGAGGCUGAGUGGGCCCCUCCCUAUUGUGACAAGCCAGGGUUUGGUGGCAGCAUGGACAGUGGACCAGUUAGACAAGCAGAUAGGAAAAGUUUAACCAUAGGAAUAUUGGUAACUGUUCUAUGCCUCGUUGCUGGUUUAAUAAUGUACCUUAAAAGGAAGACUUUGAUUAGACUGCUGUUUACAAGUAAAAAAACAACAAUGGAGAAACUAAGGUCUGUGAAUCCAGCCAGGCCUUCCAAUUUAUUUGAAACUAAUCACAUCCAUACCACAACUGUCAGCAAAAAAAUUGACAUUAAGCCACAACAUUUAAACAUACCUAAGAGAGAUGGUCCAAGAAGAUUCAUGUCCUAUCAGACUACUGACAUUAGUAAUCCUGUAAAGCCACAUGAUUUUCUACAAUCAAAAAUACCACAGAGAGUGCUACCACCCCUUCACCAGUUGCCUUUUCAAACUGUACCUGCAAGGCCUCUGCCAGCUGAUCCUUCUCUUAGACUUACCCAGGAAAGUCACAAACCAAACCCUCCUCAGAAGCCAUUACCAGCAAAUCCUCUGAACAAAACCACUCGCUUUAACAGUGCCUCCAUCCCAGUGCUCGGACAGGGGAAAUCUAUGCCUCACAUUACUCCUGUAAGACCUGCUCCUAAACAUCCACCACAACUGCCCAGAUCCAGCAGCUGUGCCUAUGUGAAAUGACAACAAAAUCCGACACCUUAACAAGUGACGACAGAAAUUUGCACUAUCUUUACUCCCAAUGGAGUUCAUUUUUGUAACGAUACAUAGAAUUUUUAAUGUUUAAAACACCAUUAUUUUAAGAACUCUGAGCUACUGCCUUUGGUGCUGUGCUGUGCUAUGGUGCUCUGUGUACUUGCUCAGGUACUUGUAAAUUAUUAAUUUAUGUUGAAUAUUUAUUACAGUGCGGUGCACUGUAGUAGAUAUUUUUGCCAUAGCUGAGUUUUCCUAGGAAGGAAACCUUUUUGUAAUAUUUUAGUGAACUUGAAUCAUUCUCCUUUGUAGGUCCUAUGUAGAAUGUUUAGCUUUGAUCUAUACUUUAUGGAGGACUGAUACUCAUGGAUAAAUCAAUGCAUAAACAACUAGAAUGAUCUUAAUGGUUCAGAGCAACAAACUUAACAAUUACAUCAGGGUGAGCCACUUUUUCUGAAAUGCAAUGAAAUGCCUGAUAUCUACACACAUAGGUAUAGUGUGUCUGUUUGACCAAAACAACUCAUGACAUUACCUGUUGUACUGUAAUUUUAAGAGGCCUCAUACUGCAGAUUGAAAAAUUGUCAGGAAAAUCUAUACUUAAAGAGGCUAUAAUGGUUUUGGACAAGUUCUCUUACUGAAGAAGUACUGUAUAUCAUAAAACUGUAUUUUUCACCUCAUUUUCUCAAACACAAUACAGUUCAUCCAGAUUAAUGCAGGUAUCAGGCCUUCCCAUAUAAUUGCAUUUUUGAGGUUUUGGUAAUUAUAUUCAAUCCAUACUGUAUAAGGUAGGGCCAUCUUACGCUGUUGUAUAGUGAUUCAGUCACACUGAUAAUACAUAACAUACUGAAAAAAGAAGUUAGGAACAAUGCUUAUAAAGAAUCAACAGUUUUUAAAAACAGAAUAUUAUUCAUUUAUGCUGCCUUACUGCUCUGCUUAUCAACUGCAUUUUACUUAUUUACUACAGUUACAUAUCUGACAGCUAAAAUGUUAUUGAUAGUUUCUCUUUUUAAACUGAAAUACUCAGAAUCCUGUCGCAGUAUUAAAAUAUGUACUUUAGUACACAGACCCAAGUUAUCUUAAAAUAUGAAAAAAAUCUUUGUACUUGGUGACUAUGGUGAAAAGCUACCCAGUUCAUCAGUUUUUAUUCGAAAGCAAAGAAUUUUUGUGUGAAAAAGUCCUGACGAUGGGGUCGGCUUUUCACAUUCAGAUUUGGAGCUCAUUUAGUACAGCCUUAUUUUGCAACAUGUAGGAGUAUUUUAUGCUCGGCUAUGGUGCUCUCAAAUUACCAUGUGGUGAAUCAUCCUUUGCACAGCAACUGCAUAUUACUCCACAUGCCAGCUUACAUUAAUCAUUAUCAUCACACAACCACUUCUUUAAUCAGAAACACAAACACCUUCCUAGCUUUUCCCUCCAUCUAUCCAAAACUAUUUUGAGGAGAGUUUCACUGCUAGCAUAGAUAUAAUCACAUUUUCAACACUAUUAAAAAAAGCACAACAUACGACAUUUCACUAGAUCAACUCUGUAUUUGCUCUGAGUAGAAAGGUGUGUAGCUGUUUUAGUUUGAAGUCAGGCAGAAGUUAGCAAAGGGUGGCACCUUAGGGCACAACCAGAUGAGCACACAUG